GGAAGUGAAGGAGGUCUGCUCUCGGUUGUCGUCGUCGUUAGGCGCUGUUUCCACCGCUAACGUUCUGUUAUGAGUUGCUAAAGUCAUGGUGAAAUGUUGUUCGGCCAUUGGAUGUGCUUCUCGCUGUUUGCCAAAUUCCAAGUUAAAAGGAUUGACAUUUCACGUAUUCCCCACAGAUGAAAAUGUGAAAAGAAAAUGGGUCUUAGCCAUGAAAAGACUGGAUGUGAAUGCUGCAGCUAUUUGGGAGCCUAAAAAAGGAGAUGUGUUGUGUUCAAGGCACUUUAAGAAGACAGAUUUUGAUAGAAGCACCCCAAACAUUAAGCUCAAACCUGGAGUCAUUCCUUCUAUCUUUGAUUCCCCAUCUCAUUUCCAGGGGAAAAGAGAAAAACUUCCUUGUAGAAAAAACUUCAUCAUCAAAACACUUCCAGUCACAAACCACAAUCACCAGCUUGUUGGUGCUUCCUCGUGUAUUGAAGAAUUCCAGUCCCAGUUCAUUUUUGAGCACAGCUACAGUGUAAUGGACAGUCCAAGGAAGCUGAAGCAUAAAUUGGAUCAUGUGAUCAGCGAGCUAGAGGAUGCCAAGGAAAGUCUCCAGAACGUCUUAGACCGAGAAAAACAAUUCCAGAGAUCGUUGAGGAAGACAGUCAGGGACUUACAGGAUGAAUGUCUCAUCAGCCAAGAAACAGCCAAUAGACUAGACGCUUUCUGUUGGGAGUACUGUCAAGAGAAUGUAGAACAAGAUUAUAUUUUAUGAAAUAAUUUCAUAUUCUACCUGAAAUUGACAUUGGUUCAAGAAGACAACCCUCAGUUACCAUACUAAGUCACACUCCUCGUUGAAGUGCUGCUUUGAUUCCUUGGGAGCAUUAUGCAUACGGUUGUUACGCCAAGACUGUUUUGAAGGAGUGUGGAAUUUUUCUAGUUAUCAUGUUGUGUGACUUGUGACAGUUAUGUUUUAUAGACCUCCAGUAAUGUAAAUACACUACUGUAUGACAUUAAAAGCAGGGAAAAAAAACCACAGGACUAAGGAAAUAAAAUCCAUGUAGCUACAGUAGUUUGAAG